AGUGAUAUCAUGGAUUAAUAUGACCCGGAAGUAACUAUUUAACCCCAAAGGCUCUUUUUUCAAAAAUAUAACUAAUCAAUAGUAACUCACACAUAGACUAGUACUUGACUAGAUUGACAUGUCAGAGUGAGAGUCAGGUUCUGUAAAAAGGCCAUGAAACUGUUUUAGAUAUCAGCAAAUAUGAAUUCAUUGUUUGGAUCAGAGUUUGAAGAAAAAUAUAGAGAUUGGAAAGCUAAACAAAAUGCUUAUGGAGCUAUUUAUUAUAUUAAAAUCUGUUUUUUUGUUUGUUUUUUUUAUUUUAAAUUCAGCAAUGAACUUCAGGUUACUUCUUGGAAUCACCCAUAUGUAGACCAGAUCAUUGUUAAGCUAGAUGAAUCCUUUAGCCCUUUCAAGUAUGCUGCUUAUAGAACAUCAUUGAAACUGAGAGCACUGCAAGUAAAAACUGGAAUGGCAUGGAUGAAUACCAAAGUUGUGUACCAUGUUCUGUUGUCAGCUGUUCCAGAGACGCAUGAAGGGUGCAUCUCUCACUGUCAUUCUCUAAGUGUCAUUGUGAAAAUACUUCACUUGUCUGACACAAGUCACCAGCAUGAAGAAGAGAUUCCUAAAGCUUCAGAGAUCAUACUCAAUUUGAUUAUUAAUAUUUAUGACUUAGAUCAUAGUGGCAAACUUUCAUACAGAUCAUUGGGAAUCGCAUUAUCUGCAUUAUCCUCUGGAAAGUUAAAGCAAAAAUAUAAAAAUUUCUUUGCAUUUAUCAAAGAUGAAGAAAAUCACAUUAAAAAAGAAGAACUAAAGAAUUGUAUUUUGGAUCUUAUUCAGAUUACAGAUAUUAUCAAGGAAAGUCAUGCUUUUGGUAGCAAUGUGAAAGCUGCUGUAUCCAGUUGUUUCAGAUUUGCGGACACUUCAAAUAAUGACUGUGUUAAUGAAGAGAUCUUUUACAAAUGGCUUUUACAAGAACCUCAGACUUUCAUUUGGCUACCAACAUUACACAGGAUCCAAGCUACAGAAAAUAUUGUACAUGACAUCCGUUGCUGUGUUUGCUUAGCUAUGCCUAUAAAGGGAUUUAGGUACAGAUGUUUAUACUGUUUUAAGUAUGAUCAAUGUCAACAUUGUUUUCUACAAGGCCUCACCUCUCACAAUCACAAACAGAGACAUCCCAUGACAGAAUAUUGUUUCCCAACCUCAGCCAAAGACAACACAAAGGCCCUUUUAAACAUUUUGAAGAACAAGAUUACCGGAAAUCAGAAUCAAUCAAAACCAAACUACUUGCCAGUGGAUGAUACUGCCAACUCAUUUGAAGGCUUCAAUAGGUCUGUUGGAGAUGUUGAAGACUGUCAGCAUUCUUGUAAUUCUGAAAGUUCAGAUUCAGGAUUAGCCAAUAGCUCAGAUAAUUCUCCGUCAGGUGGAGAUUGUGGAUGCUACAAUCAGGGAUUUGAAGACAUCAAAGUUGAGGAUAAAGCAGGGAGUAAUAAGUCCUCAAGCAAGAUGUUCAAGAAUUCUUUCCCAAAAGAAGGACCAGAGGCUGAAAUGGCUGAAAGAAUUCAACUUUUAGAACAAGAAAAUAGACAGCUACAGAGGAAACUGAAAUUCUUACAAACAAAGUUUGAGUUAGACUCAGCGUUUUUGGAAGACAAUAGUUUUAAACCUGAAAUAUCACAGGAAGAUUGCUCAACUACAAAAAGCAUGUCAUCAAAGUUGGCCAAUCUUAGCCUUGUGUCUGCCUUAGAGAAUGUGGAAAUGAUAGACAGUAAAGAAACUUCACUACUGCAGAAAGCAGAAGAUCAGGAAGACAUUAAAAAAGAGCCUACUGCACAGAAAUUCACAGUUGAAUCACCACAAUCAUCUGACAUACCCCAACUUAUUCAAAGCCAAUCAGAGACUGAGUCCUCUAAUGGACUUAUGUACCAGACUUGUGAUAUGUCAUUGGAAAUUGAUGGGGCUAAAGACAAAAGCAAAAUUUCUGAGGAUCACUGUGAUUUGGAUCAAAUCCUUUUCAUUAGUGAAAACACUCCAGUUGACUUUGAAAGAUCAGCCAUUUUAGGUAACAAAAGAUCAUCCUCUUGUAAACUUCAUCUAGUUUCUGAGACAAAUCCUCACACCUACUUUUCAAGGUUGGCUAAAUCUCACAAAAGAGAAGGUAAAGCAAGAAAUGCUAUUGAUGGGAGAUGUAAAGACUAUUUAAUGGAAAAAACUGUGUCACCAGAAAUUACAAGCAUUGAACUGAGCAAUAUUAUAUCAAGCAGUUUUAGGUCCACACCUUCAUUCAGCCACCACCACAACCUCAACUCAUUCCAAGCUACACCUGGAUUAGAGUUAAGGGCUGGAAAUGCUGCAGUAGAACCUGUUUACAUGUCCACACCACUUGUCCCUUCUCACCUUAUGCAUCCUCCUGCAACCAAUUCUGAAGACAAAGAAAACCAUUCCAAACCUAUUCCCAAACAUCUAUACUCUACUGCCUCACCCUUGUCUGCUAUCCCACAGUGGCAUAGGAAAAAAAUUCUGUUGUCAUGCUAUUCUAUACAAAGUUGCAAUGCCUCACCCACAUGUGACAGUACAGGUCAAUUGACUAAGUUAAUGGCAAAAGCUGACAAGAUUGGAGAUAUGAUCAACCAAGGGCAGUCCUAUCUGACAACUGAAGACCAAGAGUGUUAUGAGAAAAUGCUGCAGGAAUUUGAAAAAGAAUGUAUGUCAGAUUUAACCAGUAACAAAUUCCAGAUGGAUGCUGAUGAUGCUGAAAUGUUACAAGCUGUCUUCACUAUAGAGGAAGCCAUGAAAGACUUAGUUCAAGCUACUGCUCAGAAUCAACAUUAACACUAUCUUUACCUUAUGUCUAUUAAAACAAAAUUGAACUGUAAUGUUAGGAACACAUAGCCCUGUUAUGAUGUGCUAAAUGUAAUUCAGUGUUUCAAUCAAAAUUGCAAUAAAACUUUAGAAAACUUA